CAUAUCAAUUUCUUUUAUCUAUUCCACACAACUAUAUAGCUAUAGUGUGCACAUCAUACAAAAAUGUCAUCACAGCUUGGUCAACCCUCUCUUGUGCCAAAACACUUGCAAGAUGAUGAAGACUUAAGCCAAGAAUGUAGAGACAUGAUAUCAACAUUGCCAAAGGAACAAGGUUGGAUUGCAAACCAUGUCUACCAAUACCAAGGAUUUUGGUACAACCUUAGGCAGAUUCAAGGCCUCCUAUCUUGUCAAAAACAUUUUCAAUCCCAUGACAUUAAUAAUGAUAUCAUAAUCCUUGCUACCAUUCCAAAAUCAGGUACUACUUGGCUUAAGGCUUUGACUUUUUCAUUACUUAACCGCAACACAUAUCCAAAUACACAUGAAAAUCACCCUUUGCUCACUACCAACCCUCAUGUUCUUGUACCCUUUUUAGAACUCAAUCUCUUUGGUAAUUUUGAUGAUGAUAAAGUAGAGAUUAACCCUAAUAACCUUAUUGAAUCAUCAUUAUUUGCCACUCAUCUCGCUUAUAUCUCAUUGCCUAAAUCACUGAAAGAGUCGAGUUGUAAAAUAGUGUAUCUAUGUAGGGAUCCGAAAGACACAUUUAUUUCGCUGUGGCAAUUCACAAACAAACUUAGGCCGGAAACUCAGGUAAAGAAAUCGGUUGAUGAGUAUUUCGAGCAAUUUUGUAAAGGAGUGAGUCCAUGUGGACCAUUUUGGGAGCAUGUAUUAGGGUAUUGGAAAGAAAGCUUGGAAAGGCCAAAGAAAAUUAUGUUUCUAAGGUAUGAAGAAAUGAAAUUACAUCCUACUUUAAUUUUGAAAGAAUUGGCUGAGUUUAUAGGGUGCCCAUUUUCCAAAGAAGAAUUAGAUGAAGGCAUGCUUGAAGAUAUCUUGAAAUUAUGUAGUUUUGAUAAUUUGAGUAACUUGGAGGUGAACAAAACCGGAAUAUCACCACUAUUUCAUAUUGAAAACAAAAGUUACUUUCGCCGAGGUCAAAUUGGUGAUGGAGAAAAGUUUCUCUCAAGUGAAAUGAUUGGACGAUUGAAUAAGAUUACAGAAAAUAAAUUGGUUAAACAUGGAUUAAGAUUUUAGCUUUUAUUACUCGCUAGUAUAGCAAUAGAAUUAAGUUGUUUGAUAUGCUAUUGUAAACUCUGCAAAAUUAAGAAAUCCAAGAACUUCUUGUGUUUU